AUGACAUGGGUAUUAAAUCAUAUCAAAACAAUCGGUGGUCGCGUCAUGGGCUCAGCACAUUCACGUACAGCAUUACGCACACAUAUCCAUGCAUUAAUUUUCAACCAAGGACUACCAAGUAUUUUCUUAACUCUCAAUCCGGCUGAUAUUCAUAGUCCCGUCGCAUUAUAUUUUGCCGGCGUCAAACUUGAUCUAGACACUGUUCAAGCAGAACAACUUAUGGAUACAUACAAACGUGCCGAAAUCAUAGCUUCUCAUCCUGUUGCGACAGCUAAAUUCUUUCAUACGUUGAUUUCCAAUAUCUUAGAUACAAUGAUUAUUGGCGGUGUACUCGGUCGUGUAAAAGCUUACUUUGGCACUGUUGAAAGUCAAGGUCGCGGNGGUCACCGGAUCCAGCUGAGUGCCGAUUAUCGCCGGAUUCAGCUGGUUUCCGAUGGUCACCGGAUCCAGCUGAUUGUCGAUUGUCACCGGAUUCAAGUGGUUUUUGACGGUCACCGGAUUCAGCUGGUUCCUGAUGGUGACCGGGUCCAGCUCGUUCUCAAUUGUCGUCGUUUCUGUCUGGAUCCAGUAGGAAUUCGCCGGUAA